CCAUAUCGGCGAGCAAAACGCGCCACCGUCGGAGUGGAGGCACUGCGUAGUCGGAAUUAUUAUUAUUAUUAUUAUUAUUAUUAUGUAUUCUGUGCUAUUAUUAACAUACUGCAAAGACUUCGGUCGCGACACAAUAGCCGCCGCCACAGCAAGCGUCGCUGUCGCAAACCAGUAAUUAUCGCAAUAUCGCCGUCGACGCGUUGUUCCUCGUCUCGGCCGUCGCCCGCGUUUUUUCCCAGUAACUCGUGUUGUCGUGUACUCGUGUGCUGUUCGGCGUUGACGCAUACUUACGUUUUCUUUCGGACUUGCGACUCGCUCUUUGGUUUUUUUUACAAUAAAUUGCUGCUGGCCGUGACUACUGCUCAAACGUGCUGCUCAAACCUUUGUCACAAGAUGUCUUGGGCUGUGAACGAAGGGGCAUCCACUUCUGCCACUCUGACGAAGUACGAACGCAUGCUACUAAAAUCGGCAGUCAACAAAGGGGCUUCCACUUCUGCCGCUCUGUCGAAGUACGAUAUCUUGGGACGAGAAGAGGCGUCGCCUUCUGCCGCUCUGUCGAAAUACGAUAUCUUGGGACGAGAAGAGACGUCGCCUUCUGCCGCUCUGUCGAAGUACGAUAUUUUGGGACAAGAAGAGACAUCGCCUUCUGCCGCUCUGUCGAAGUACGAUAUCUUGGGACAAGAAGAGGCAUCGCCUUCUGCCGCUCUGUCGAAGUACGAUAUCUUAGGACAAGAAGAGGCAUUGCCUUCUGCCGCUCUGUCGAAGUACGAUAUCUCGGGACGAGAAGAGGCACCGCCUUCUGCCACUCUGUCGGAGUACGAACUCUUGCGACUAGAAAACAUGAAAAACCUGCAGCAAGAGGUCGGUGAUUUAUUUAAUAAUACUGUACAAAGUGCUCAAAAGCUAAACAAAAAUUUGAAAUUCCGGAGUAAAAGAAAGCCAGCUUAUCGACCAGGUCAACGAAUAAAAUUAUUCUCUAAGCUGGAAAAAUCAUCAAAUAUGAAGAAGACUCAAAGUGAAGAUAUCCGUCGUUCAUUACGUGAUAAAAGAAAACGAAUUAAUUAUGAUUCUAAUAAAGAAAAUAAUGAUGGAAAAAACAAAAAACGUCGACAAAGAUAUAGCCAUCAGAAAAAGUUUCCUUUAAAUAAACCUAAAGGUUUAAAACCAAAAUUUAGCCGAAAAGUACCUCGAUUGGAUGUAUCUAAUGUAACACAAGAAAUGUUGGACAACAUAGUUUACAGCAGUGUAGGAAAAAAAUAUAGUACUGAUGAAGGGACCACUUGUCACCAAUGCAGACAAAAAACUAUGGACCAAAAAUCAUUCUGCCGUAACAAGAGCUGUAAUGGAAUGAGAGGUAUGUUUUGUGGUUUUUGUUUGAGCAGACGGUAUGGUGAAGAUGUAGCUGAAGCUUUAUUAAAUCCGUUAUGGACUUGUCCACCAUGUCUUGGACGUUGUAACUGCAGCAUUUGCAGACGUGAUCAGGGCAAAGAUCCAACCGGACAGUUGGCACAAGUAGCUAAAGCUAAAGGAUAUAACUCUGUUUACGAUCUGUUAAAGACAAUAGAGAAGGAACCAGAUAACACUAAUGAAAACCCUAUUGAUAAAUGUGAACCAAAAAAUUGUAAUUCCGUUGAAAACAAUAUUGAACUUCAAAACAGUGAUUUAAUUGUGCCUACCAGUAAUCAGUUAAAUAUUAAUAAUUUGAAUGAUGAGGCUGUAUUUGUUGAAAGUAAUGCUAACAACAAGUUAGAACCAGAUAACACUAAUGAAAACCCUAUUGAUAAAUGUGAACCAAAAAAUUGUAAUUCCGUUGAGAACAACAUUGAACUUCAAAACAGUGAUUUAAUUGUGCCUACCAGUAAUCAGUUAAAUAUUAAUAAUUUGAAUGAUGAGGCUGUAUUUGUUGAAAGUAAUGCUAACAACAAGUUAGAGCAGUUGAAAUCAAAGAAAAAUGAUUAUUGCGGUAUAAAGGAUGAAGAACAAUGUAACUCUGAGAAUUAUAUAGUAGAGCCUAGAGAAACUUCAGAAAUGAUUAUUGAUAAACUUUAUAAAAAGUUUAUAUUGUCUACAUGAUUACAUUAUUAGAAGAAGAAAAUUAAAAAAAAAAAACUAAAAAUUUUCCAAACAUAAUCAGCGAGUAGCUAUAUCACUUAUUAAUAUUAUUACUAUAUUUUAUAUAUUUAUGAGUUUUUUUCAACUUAGAAUUUGGUUUAUUUUUCACCAUGAGUUAUAAUUAAGAGUAACAAUAUAAAGUUAAACUAAAUAUUUUAAGUUAUAAAUUAAAGUUUAUUUAUAUGUAUAUUUUAUUGUAAAAUUAUCUUGUUUGAAAUUAAUAUUUACAAAUUAUUCACAAGUGCUUAUAAUUAAUAUUAAUUUUUUUUUUAUACAUGUAUUAAUAAUUUUGUUUGUUAAUUUUUUUAGGCGUACAACCAUAAAAGUAAAAAAUAUAUUUAGUUGUAUAAUUUUUGAUUAGAGGUUUGUCAUAAAUGUAUAACAUUUUUUUUUCAGAAGAUAUAAAACAAGUUGUGUAUUUUUUUAUAUAUACAUAAGUACUAUAAUAUUAAGU